GGAUAUUGCUGCUAGAAACGUGCUAGUGUCCUCUACAGAUUGUGUGAAACUAGGUGAUUUUGGUUUGUCUCGUUAUAUGGAAGAUAGCACAUAUUAUAAAGCUUCAAAAGGAAAAUUGCCCAUCAAGUGGAUGGCCCCAGAAUCCAUCAACUUCCGACGUUUUACCUCAGCCAGUGAUGUCUGGAUGUUUGGUGUAUGCAUGUGGGAAAUCUUAAUGCACGGCAUCAAGCCUUUUCAAGGAGUGAAGAACAAUGACGUGAUUGGCCGGAUCGAAAACGGCGAGCGGUUGCCGAUGCCGCCCAACUGCCCGCCUACUCUCUACAGCCUCAUGACCAAAUGUUGGGCUUACGAUCCCAGCAGGCGACCACGAUUUACAGAACUGAAGGCUCAGCUGAAUACGAUCCUGGAGGAGGAGAAGCUGCAGCAGGAAGAACGAAUAAGGAUGGAAUCCAGGCGACAAGUCACCGUGUCCUGGGAUUCUGGAGGGUCGGAUGAAGCUCCUCCCAAGCCCAGCAGACCCGGUUAUCCUAGUCCAAGAUCAAGUGAAGGAUUUUAUCCCAGUCCACAGCACAUGAUACAGCCCAAUCACUACCAGGUUUCAGGCUAUCCCGGUUCCCAUGGAAUUCCAACCCUGGCAGGUAGCAUUUAUCCAGGACAAGCCUCUCUUUUGGAUCAGACAGAUUCCUGGAACCAUCGGUCUCAAGAAAUAUCCAUGUGGCAACCCAACAUGGAGGAUACUAGCAGUUUGGAUAUGCGCGGGAUGGGACAGGUCCUACCAGCACAUCUAAUGGAAGAGAGAUUGAUACGACAGCAACAAGAAAUGGAGGAAGACCAAAGAUGGUUGGAAAAGGAGGAGAGAUUUCUG